AAAUUCUGUGGCUUUCUUAUUUCUUAACUAAAGAUGUUAUGGUCGAGAAUAUUCUGUGAGGUAAACCCAAAACACUGAUGGUAUCUAUUGUUUCUCCGUGAUGGAAUACAUCACCUUGCAAAGUGAAGUGAACAAGUUGAAUGCUGAAGGCCAGACUCUUCAGGCUAUAGAGCUCCUUACCUCAGAGAUCAAAGUGCAUCCUGAUAACCCAGAGUUGUUUCUUCUGAGAGCACAAAACCUGCUGAAGCUUGACAAGUAUAAAGAAGCGAGUAGUGAUGCAGCACGGGCACUGACUCUAGGCGCAGGUGCUGAGGCUAACCUGGUGCACGGCAAAGCUCUCUUCAACUUGGGAGAAUACGUUGAGUCUUUACAGACAUUCAGAAAGGGCAGAUCUAAAGCAGGAUCAGACUUAGGAGGGCUCGACCAGUUUGGUCAGUGGACAGUCUGGUGUGAAGAACGCAUCAAGAAGCUGGGGAUUACUGACGUCACUACAGAGGCUACUGAGAAGGCUCCAGGGAGCACCAUGGAGAAACCUGAGAGUGCAGCCAAUACCAUGCCAGUACCAAAAAUAAAGCAUGAUUGGUACCAGACUGAAACCCAUAUUGUCAUCACUAUACUUGUUAAAAAUUUGAAGAAAGAAGAUGUUAAAGUAAAUUUCACUGACAAGACUGUAAGUGUAUCAGCACCACUUCCUUCUGGCUCAGAAUAUAGCCUAGAACUGGAUAUAUGUCAUCCAAUUAACCCACUAGAGUCGUCCUUCAGAGUUGUGCCUUCCAAAAUAGAGGUGAAAAUGAAGAAGGUGGAUGGUAUUCGAUGGGCGUCUCUCGAGGGAGAUGGUUCUUCCCCAAAUGUGAAAUCAAAUCUCACAGGAGCCUCCAUGGAUGGAAGUGUUCCAUCCUACCCAACUUCUUCAACUAAAAAGCACGACUGGAACAAAAUUGAAGCGGAAGUAAAGAAAGAGGAGGAAGAAGAGAAGCUGGAAGGUGAUGCUGCACUAAACCAGCUCUUCCAGAAUAUUUAUGGCCAAGGUUCAGAUGAGACACGACGAGCAAUGAACAAGUCAUUUAUGGAAUCAGGUGGUACAGUUCUCAGCACAAACUGGAAAGAGGUGGCUAGUCAGAAAGUGGAAGUCAAACCCCCAGAUGGCAUGGAAUAUAAGAAAUGGAAUGCGUGAAGAAUAGACAGCAGUGGCCAGUGUAGCACCAGGAGCCACCCCAGUGUAACACCAGGAGGAGCCACCUAUUGUAGCACUGAUUAGUGUUACACAAAUUAAUUGCUAGAAUUAUUUUUCUUUUUUAUUAGUCAAGUUAGGUGUCCUGCACAAAGCCUACAUUUUUCUAACGUGUGAAAUGCUCUGAAUCCUAUUCGGCAUUUUCUGUAAUGCAAUAAACUUGCGCAUGUUUUACUAGCAGUUAUCAUAAACUGUUCUCGUAAAUAUUUCUGUUAACUACUUAAGAAUUAUAUUAUCGUUUAGAACCAUCUUGCGCACAGAAAACUAGUUUGCUAUGCAGUUUUUCUUUAUAGAAUAAAUUACCUAGCACCAAGACAUUGAUCGGUAACUAUUGCCAUUUCCAUUACCCAACUUAAAAUUUCUGCAUUGCUCUAAAAACCCUCUUCAAUUUAUAAAUGUUUAUUAUAAAAUAGCGAACAGCUCUUCUACUUGGAAUGCAGUUAGUGUAUAUAUAUUGUAAGCAACAGCUAAACUCUACAGUAAAAUAAAAGCAUUAUACAUGAGAUGUGACUAGUUCUGUACAUUUUAUGGACUACUGUAAUUAAAAAUUUUACCCAUUAUAUUCACAAAAAAAAAGCCAAUGUAUUUGGCAAUUUUUUUUGUUUGUCAGUUUGGGAUUUUUUUUUUAAUUGGCACUUGCAGGAAGCCUGGGUAUGCAUAUUAUGAAUUUUAUUUUACAGUAUUUUGUCUUAGUGUUCCAAAAGUUAAAUUGUAGGGAAAACAGUUACAUUUUGUCAAUAGCUUAAUUUGAUUAUUUUUGUGAUGUGCAACUAAUUUUGCCAUGGAAGAUGAUUGUAACAAUAAUAAUAACGAAGUGCUGAACCUACUAGGGUCAUACAGAGCUGUGCCAUGGAAGAUGUCAGUUAAAACUGAAUAAUUUAAGAUUAUUAAUCAGCACAGUGACUAACAUGGCUUUCAUUGACUAGGAUGGUUUUCAGCCUGCUGUGAUUUAUUUCAUAUCUGAAAGUAAAUUUGUGACUUUGUGCAUUUAGUUUUCCACUUGUUUUAUAUAAACAUUUUCCCAGUCACAUUACUGAUUAAAAGGAAUCAAAUAGUCAUGGAGUUUUGUAAAAGCUUAUCUUCUAGUGAUAUGUCAUUUGUAACAAAUGUAUAAAAUUAAA